AUGGGACAAAACUUCAGGAUGGCUCCUCGCGGCAUUCCUCUCCAGGAGCACAAGGAUAGGCCCGACUACAUCAACGAGGCCGUCUUCAGGCGCAACUGUCUCCCCGCCCGCUCCUACUUCAUACCGGAGACCUCGCUGCUGCUCAAUGGCAGCUGGGACUUCCACUACGCCUCCACCCCGCUCGAGGCCCCCGAGCCAGAGGCCGGCGAGACCACAGCCUGGGGUAAACUGAAUGUGCCAGGUCACUGGCAGCUCCAGGGACACGGAAAGCCCUGGUACACCAAUGUCCAGUUCCCGAUCCCCGUCUGCCCUCCUUACGUGCCCAGUGACAACCCUACCGGCACUUACAGAAGGGCAUUCCACGUCCCAAACACCUGGGACUCCGGAUCCCAGCUGAGACUGCGCUUCGACGGAGUAGACAGCGCGUAUCAUGUCUUUGUCAACGGUGUGCUGGUAGGCUAUGCGCAGGGAUCGAGGAACCCGCACGAGUUCGAUGUGUCCGACUAUGUCGCCAGGGACGGGCCAAACGAGUUGUUUGUACGCGUCUACCAGUGGUCAGAUGGCACUUAUAUAGAGGACCAGGACCAAUGGUGGCUUUCUGGUAUCUUCCGAGACGUCCAUCUGCUUGCUUUCCCCGCCGAAACCAGAAUCGACGACUGGUUCUUGCGAACUGACCUGGACUCCAACUAUGAGAAUGCCACACUAGAGGCCUCAGUGGAUGUGCUGAGCAAAGAGAAGGCAACUCUGAAGCUCACACUCUCGGAGCUGGAUAAGGAGGGCGGCAAGGUCAUUGACACGAAAGAAGUCUCUGUGCAGUCAGGUACAUCCAAAGUCGAUCUCUCCAUACCUGUGAACAAGCCGGAGAAGUGGACUGCCGAGUCGCCAUAUCUGUACAACGUCGAGCUUGCCCUGAGCAGCUCUUCUUCGAAACCGUACACCGUCACACAGAGGAUUGGCUUCCGGAAGGUCGAGCUCAUCAACGGGCUCAUGACCGUCAAUGGCACCCCUAUACGCCUGCGGGGUGUCAACCGGCACGAGCACCACCCCCACUUUGGCCGGGCUGUUCCGCUUGACUUUAUCAAGCGUGAUUUGCUUCUCAUGAAGACGCACAACGUCAACGCUCUUCGCUGCUCCCACUACCCCUCCCAUCCUAAGAUCCUGGAUAUGUGCGACGAGCUUGGUCUCUGGGUCAUGGACGAGGCUGACCUCGAAUGCCAUGGUUUCUAUGACGCAGUCGCAAGGCCUCAGGACAUCCCUGAGCACCAGGACUACGAGGAGCGUAAGAAGUUCACCUUCCCCCAAGCUGCCAAGUUCACCACCGACAACGCGGCCUGGAAGGAGGCAUACGUAGACCGUAUGCGGGAUCUUGUCCAGCGCGACAAGAACCACACAUCUGUCAUUGUGUGGAGCUUGGGCAACGAGGCCUUCUACGGUCAAAACCACAAGGCCAUGUACGAGUACGGCAAGAAGGUUGACCCAGGGCGGCUGAUCCACUACGAAGGUGAUGUGCACGCGGAGACGGCCGACAUGUACAGUUACAUGUAUCCGCCCAUCGAGCGGCUGCUCAAGCUUUCCCAGACCGAAGGCGUCAAGGAUGGCAAGUUUGAGAAGCCCGUGGUCCUGUGCGAGUACGGGCACGCUAUGGGUAACGGUCCCGGCUGGCUCGAAGAUUAUGAGGAGCUUUUCCGGACGCACCCCCGCCUCCAGGGCGGCUUCAUCUGGGAGUGGGCAAACCACGGCCUCUGGAAGGAAGAGGGCGACGGUACUGGCAAGGGUGGAUACUAUGCGUACGGAGGCGACUUUGGCGAUGUUCCCAAUGAUGGCACAUUCGUCAUGGAUGGAUUGUGUUUCAGCACCCAUGAGCCCACCCCAGGUCUGACCGAGUUCAAGAAGGUCAUCCAGCCAGUGGGGCUUUCCGUCAACGGUCAGAAGCUUACUCUGGAGAACUACUACGACUUCAUCGACCUCAAGCACCUCGCGGCCUCCUACAAGUUGGAGGAGUUUGGGGAGGAAUCUAAGCUCCUUGCAUCCGGCAAGCUUGACAUUCCUGACAUCAAGGCUGGCAAGAAGGGCGAGAUUGAUCUGAGCGGGCCCUUGUCCAAGUACAAGAGCAGCAAGGAGGUGUAUGUGACUGUGUCGCUGACCCUCCGUGACGAGACAUCUUGGGCAGCCGCCGGCCACGAGAUUGCCUGGAAGCAGUGGCAGGUAUCCAAGGCGGCUUCCCCAACGACGUCGCUGGCCCUGAACAAGAUGUCGUCUCCGGUCCAAGUCACCUCGGCUGGUGCAAAGGUCAACGUCUCCGGCCCCAAUUAUAGCUUCACAUUCGACCGCGCUCGCGGAGCUCCGACCUCUUGGGCCGUCAACGGCGUGUCUAUCCUUGAGGCCAACCCCACCACCGGUGUCGCUAUUGAGCCAUCCUUCUGGCGCCCUGCCACAGACAACGACGUCCCUGGCGAGCUCCCCUACUGGCAGCGCUUCGGUGUGGAUGUGCUGGGAAGUCAGGGCCGUUCCUUCACUGUCGACACUUCUGAUUCGAACAAGGCCGUCCUGAAGUCUCACAUAUUCAUCACACCACCAAUUCUGGCAUGGGGAUAUGAGUGCCACAUUGAGUACACAAUCACAAACACCGGCACCCUGCACAUCGACGUCAAGAGCGCCAAGCCCACAGGCGCGAAGCCCACGCACGUGCCGCGCGCGGGUCUGAACCUGAGGCUGAGCAAGAAGCUCGACAAGGUCAAAUGGCUCGGCCUGGGCCCGGGCGAGAGCUACCCGGACAAGAAGGACUCGCAGCGCACCGGGGUCUGGACGGCCGACUCGGUCAAGGACCUGCAGACGCCGUACGAGGUCCCGCAGGAGAACGCGAACCGCAUGGAGGCGCGGUACGUGACGCUUACGGACAACCACGACGCCGGCGUCAGGGCCGUCGCGCAGGGCUUCGAGGGCGGCUUCAGCUGGGUGGCGAGCAACCACUCUGCCGAGACGAUCCAGAACGCGCGGCACCCGCCUGACCUGGUUGAGGAGGACGCCACGCUGCUGAGGCUGGAUUACCAGGUUGCUGGCGUGGGCACGGCGGCUUGUGGGCCUGGUGUGAGGGAGGAUCUGCUGGUGAAGGCUGAGGAGAUCAGCUUUGGGUUUGUGCUGGAGAGUGUUGGACUGUAG